AGUUCUUUGAUGCUCCGCGUGCAAAAAUGGGAAAAUGAUGAAAUCGGCAAAAGAACAUUUUUUCACUAAAACUGCGAUAACUUUUAUGUUAAGGGAUGACCUAUACUUUUUUGGGGAACCAAAAGUUGCAUCUUUCAAUUACGAUAGUAUUCAAAAAAAAAAAUCAUGGAAAAGGGGUCAAGAAAUGGCUUUACGCACAGCAGAAGAAUAGAAAAGGGAACGAUUUCUUGGGACUUUUCUUCACCCUUGCUUUCGCUGCCGCUGCUGCCCAUUUUAAUUUCCAGAGUUUUUUUUUUAACAGGUCCUAUAAGCACCACCUUCACGGUGGGUCUACGAGGCCGAAUAAAAAAAACAUUUUUCGAGUGAUUUUAUAGCCUUUCCUCAUUGAGGUGAGGCAAAAAGCUAGGACAAACAGGAAACCUUAGAAACCAGGCGUCUCCAAUGAAUCAUUUAGGAUCUUGUCAGAAUGCCGUGACUAGCCGUGAAAGUGACAUAAAUUUUUCGACUUUUUGUUCUUUUAAUGUAUUGAUUUUUGGUAUCAUAGCUAGGGGAACAGCAUGUAAUUUCAUCGAGCACCUACUGUUGGCAUAUCUGCCCCAUGUGGUUCAAGCUGUACUUUCUAAAUGCGUUCUCAACUGAAACCAAGUAAUAAGUAAAAAGUGAGGAAGCAAGACUUCAACAAAAACAAAAUAUGUAAUACUGAGAAACAGCUAAUUGGAUGGAAUUAGGACCGAACCCUUAACCAGCCAAACAUGUAAAAAAAAUCCCUUAGUGAGACUUUUUGCAAAAAAAAUCCUGUUUUGUAUCCUCGACAUUAAAUUAGUCAGUUCCUAACAAAACGGGGGUUCUAACAAUUAAUAAAUUACCGUCUACAAACGAAACAAAUCAACUCACUCAUAAACAAAUGCGUAAAUUCUAACUUCAUGAACACGAUUCAGUCCAGCCUCUGAGGACCGAUUCAGUUCAUCAUUCGACGAAGGCAUGGAACGUAUAAACUGAAUUAAUGUAACAAAAAAAGUUUGCGAAAAAAAAUCCCCGCCGAGCUGAAUGCGGGUGUGUGACUUUCAGCAAACAGUAACAUCCAACUAGUUUGAACCACAAUCAUGUAUAAAACUGAUCAACGCAAGCCAGCGGACGCCUGCUGUACCGCCGAAGACCAGCCCCCACAAAUUGAUCAACGCAAGAGAAAUGCUACAACCGACCCGUGAAGAGUCACCACCAGUAGCAGGCCUCCCAAGGGAACGAUUCGGGGAUCACCCGGCAAUGAACGAAUGAACUGCUUUCAAUCGAGAGCAAGAGAGAAUCGGAGGAAAGUUCAUUCGAUAUAAAACGGCUUGAUUCUUUGCCACAUUAGCUCAGUGUUCAAUGAGGUUCCGUCCAAGAAUCUCAACUUAAUUUAGAGGAAAUUUUCAAAAUGUCUUUCGUAUUUAUUAAAUCAGUAGUCCUGUUGACGACCCUACUCGCUGUCCAGGCCAAACAGUGCCCCUCCGAGCAGGACCUGUGCGUUCCGGUGCAGUAUUGCGCGCCAAUUUACGAGGCCAUCAUGUCCGACCGUGCCCAACGCAACGCCACCCUGCAGGAGUACAUCUGGUCGCGGACGUGUCACACCGUGGGCGUGGACCGUGAGCCACGCGUUUGCUGCAACCGGAUCGAGGUACCGCUGGGAAAGCGGUGUUCCGGGGCGUCCGGAACGCCAGGUCGGUGCGUGGGCCCCGAACGGUGCGAACUCAUCGCGAAAUAUCUGGAGCGGGAUCGGCGCAGUCCUGCCAUCGAGCGGACACUAGCGGAGAAUGUGUGCUUCCGGGAUGGGGAUAAGGACUUUUAUUGCUGUCCUGAGGCCAUGGUUAUCGAGGCCAAAACGGCGCCACAAUCGAUGGAUCUGGUGCUGCCACCGCCCAGCUCGUUGAAGAUCGGUAAUGCCUUCCCCUCCUGCAAGGACCCCACCGGCUCGAAAGGCCGCUGCGUUCCGGUCCGCAACUGCGACGCCAUCCACAGUGCGUUCCUGAACGAACGCAUCACACAGGAUCGCAAAAUGGCCGACUUUGUGCGGGCCAGCAGCUGCCCGUCGGACGCCCGGGACGGCCACUCGAUCUGUUGCGCCGCGGUGAAACCGGCCAAAAUGGUGGACUUUAUCGCCCACUCGAAGGCCGCCCGGUUGGGCUUAAAGCACUGCGGAACGGUUCGGUUGGCGGACAACAUCCUGCUCGGGAGUGCGACCGGCCUGGGGCAGUUUCCGUGGAUGGCCAAUUUGAUGUACAAGCGGAAGGGGGCGCUCAAAAGCUUGUGCAGUGGAUCGUUGAUCCAUCCGAGGUACGUGUUGACGGCGGCCCACUGUAUGAAGGGCAACACGAGACCGGUAGCGGUCCGAUUGGGCGAGUACGACCUGUCCAGUGAUCCGGACUGCGUCGACGGACGGUGUGCGGCCAAGGUGAAGGAAUACCCGAUCGAGAAGCUCAUCCCGAACAACAACUUCAACGGAUUCGACGCGGACUACGACAUUGCGUUGAUCCGACUUGCUCGAAAAGUCGUCCUGGUAGACGGAGAGGUCUUUCCGGUUUGUCUUCCGUUGACCGAAAGCCUGAUGAUGCUGAAACCAAACCGACUGACGGUUACCGGCUGGGGUCAGACGGAGGACCAGCGGGCUUCAAACGUCCUGCUGGAGGCGGAUCUGCAAGUGGUGCCGCGGACUGACCUGUGUCAAGGCGAGUCGACGUUUUGUGCGCGAGGACGAGACAUGGCCGGCCAUUGUCGGGGGGACUCGGGUGGUCCGUACCAGACGGUGGUUCCGGUGGGGGACGGUUCCCACAGGUUCGUUCAGUUUGGAGUGGUUUCCGGUGGGCCGGCCGAGUGUAGUGUAAAUGAGAAGAGGCCCGGUGUGGGUGUGAUGGUCAGCUAUCACAUCAACUGGAUACUGGACAAUUUGGAAAAUUAACUAGAUUAGGUUUAAGAGAGCACUGUAAAUAAAAUGUACAAAUCUCGA